AUGGCUCUGACUACCCACUUCUCCUGCCUCCUGGCCCUGUUGGUGGCAGGCCUAGCCCAAGGCAACAGGGACUCCCUGAGGGCCCAGGACCAUGGUCCACAGCCACUGGAGCUGAAUGAAGUCUUCAAGUUGUUCCAAGUUCAGUUUAACCGAAGUUACUCAAACUCAGCAGAGCAUGCUCGCCGCCUGGAUAUCUUUGCCCACAACCUGGCCCAGGCUCAAUGGCUGCAGGAGGACAUGUGCACAGCUGAGUUUGGGGUGACUCCAUUCAGUGACCUCACAGAGGAGGAGUUUGGCCAGCUCUAUGGGCAUCAGAGGGCAACUAGAAGGGAGAUCAACAUGGUCAGAAAGGUAGAGUCUGAAGAGUGGGGGGAGCCAUUGCCGUCUACCUGUGACUGGAGGAAGGUAGCUGGUGCCAUCUCACCCAUCAGGAACCAGGAAAACUGCAUGUGCUGCUGGGCCAUAGCAGCAGCAGGCAACAUCGAGGCCCUGUGGGGCAUCAAAUACCACCAGUCUGUGGAACUUUCUGUGCAGGAACUGCUCGACUGUGACCGCUGUGGGGAUGGCUGCAAGGGUGGCUUUGUCUGGGAUGCAUUCAUAACUGUCCUCAAUAACAGUGGUCUGGCCAGCGAAAAGGACUACCCAUUCAAGAAGCACACCAAACCCUCCAAGUGCUUGGCCAGGAAGUACACAAAGGUGGCCUGGAUCCAGGAUUUCAUCAUGCUACAGGAUAAUGAAGAGAUAAUUGCCCGGCACCUGGCCACCCACGGCCCUAUCACCGUGACCAUCAACAUGAAGUUACUGCAGCAUUAUCAAAAGGGUGUGAUCAAGGCCACGUCUACCACCUGUGACCCCCGGUUUGUGAACCACUCUGUCUUGCUGGUGGGUUUUGGCAAGAGCAAAGUGAAGGGGAUGCGGGAAGAGACAGUCUCACCCCGUUCUCAUCGCCCUUGCCGCUCCACCCCUUACUGGAUCCUGAAGAACUCCUGGGGGCCCAAGUGGGGCGAGGAGGGCUACUUCCGGCUACAUCGGGGAAGCAAUGCCUGCGGUAUCACCAAGUACCCACUCACAGCCCGUGUGGACCAGCCAGUUAAGAAGAAGCAGCCAAUCUCCUGUCCUCCCUAACCUCAUCAGCCUCUCCUGCAUACCACAUGCCUUCCUCACUUGCCCCACCCCAAGGUUUUGACUAUCCUCCCCAUCUUCUCUUCAUGGCUUGAAUAAAC